GUUCAUGGCGAUGCUGCGUUCUCUGGGCAAGGGAUUGUUCCUGAAACACUGACCCUUUCUAAUCUACCACAUUUCCGAGUUGGUGGGAGCAUUCAUUUGAUUGUUAAUAACCAGCUGGGCUAUACCACUCCUCCAGAGCGAGGGAGGUCAUCUCUGUACUGCAGUGAUAUUGGUAAAAUCGUUGGAUGUGCAGUUAUCCAUGUGAACGGAGAUGACCCUGAAGAAGUUGUCCGUGCCACACGACUGGCUGUUGAGUACCAACGCCAGUUCCGCAGGGAUGUAAUAGUAGACUUGCUGUGCUACAGGCAGUGGGGCCACAAUGAGCUUGAUGAGCCGUUCUUCACCAACCCCAGCAUGUACAAAAUCAUCAGAUCCCGUAAGAGUAUCCCAGACACGUAUGCGGAACACCUAAUAGCUGCUGGGCUCAUGACUGAGGUUGAAGUAUCUGAGAUAAAGACGACUUACUAUUCUAAACUGAACGAUCAUCUUGCCAACAUGACUUUGUAUAGUCCACCUCCUACCAACCUGCAGGCUCACUGGAAAGGCUUCGUCGAGCCUUCGGCUAAAAUCACCACUUGGGACACAGGUAUGCCUGUACCACUUCUCCAGUUUAUUGGAGUGAAGUCUGUAGAGGUGCCUGAGGAACUCCAGAUGCACAGCCAUCUUCUGAAGACCUACGCACAGUCAAGAAUUCAAAAAAUGGAGGAAGGAAAAAAGCUGGACUGGGCAACAGCUGAAGCUUUAGCGUUUGGUUCCCUCCUGAGCCAAGGGUUUAAUAUUAGGCUAAGUGGACAAGAUGUUGGCAGAGGAACCUUUAGCCAACGACAUGCGAUGUUGGUUUGCCAAGAGACGGAUGAUACCUACAUUCCUCUGAAUCAUAUGUCUCCAGACCAGAAAGGUUUCCUAGAGGUGAGUAACAGUCCCUUGUCUGAAGAAGCAGUGCUUGGUUUUGAAUAUGGAAUGAGUAUUGAGAGCCCUAAGUUACUGCCAAUUUGGGAAGCUCAAUUUGGAGACUUCUUUAAUGGAGCCCAGAUAAUAUUUGACACUUUCAUCUCUGGAGGUGAGGCCAAAUGGCUCCUGCAAAGUGGGAUAGUGAUUCUUCUUCCCCAUGGCUAUGAUGGUGCAGGCCCUGAGCACUCGUCCUGCCGAAUGGAACGGUUCUUACAGAUGUGUGACAGUUCAGAAGAGGGAGUCGAUGGGGACCAGGUGAACAUGUCAAUUGUGCAUCCCACCACUCCAGCACAGUAUUUCCAUUUACUUCGGCGGCAAAUGGUCCGAAACUUCAGGAAACCUCUCAUCGUUGUGUCUCCCAAAGUGUUACUCAGGCUCCCUGCUGCUGCAUCAAGUUUUGAAGAAAUGGCUCCAAGGACAACAUUCAAGCCUGUCAUUGGUGACUCCUCGGUAGAUCCUAAAAGCGUCACCCAAGUGGUGCUCUGUUCUGGUAAGCAUUACUAUGCUUUGGUGAAGCAAAGAGAGACACUAGGAGAGAAACAGCACCACACAGCUCUUCUGAGACUUGAAGAACUGUGUCCUUUCCCCCUGGAAGCUCUACAGCAAGAGUUGAGCAAAUACAGCCGUGCAAAAGUCUUCAUCUGGAGUCAGGAAGAACCACAGAACAUGGGUCCAUGGUCCUUUGUGUCACCACGGUUUGAAAAGCAGCUGGGGGUUAAGCUCCGUCUUGUGAGCAGACCUCCUUUACCAGCCCCAGCAGUCGGCAUUGGGACCCUACACCACCAGCAGCAGGAAGACAUUCUUACCAACACGUUUAUUUAAGUUUUCAGCAGAUGGACUAGUCCUGCUGUCAGUCAUGUUUGCUGCCUUCUCCCAUGAGGAAGAACAAAGCCAGACCCUUAAGACUCUUAGCUCUCCAAAAUGGGAAAAAAGAAUGGAGCAAGUUCUGUAAUGAUGGAGCAAGUUUUUCACCUGGGGGAAUACUUAAAGAUGAGAGGUGAUGCCUGUUGCUCUAGAUACUUCUUGUUCUCUUGUAGUAUUUUCUACAUCUUUUAAAAGUUAAAUAAAUAAAUAAAAUCCAGCCCAGGGGGCAGAUCGGUGAGGUGGCUGUAAAAUACCUUGUAUCGUAUUGCUUGGCUGCACUUGACAUUUCCCUGAAACUGGUG